UCACAGAGGAGCCACUGAUGCAGCUGAGCUACCAUGGCUUCUUCCCUCCGCCACCUCUCCACCUCCGCCGCAGCACCCCACUCCUUCCACCGCCUCUCCCUCGCCCGUCCGCCGCCUCUCCGUUCCCGUCUCACCCGUACUUACACAUAUAUUAUGUUAAUUUCUUUCUGCUGCUCCCAUCCCAUCCCAUCCCAACUUCUUCUUCUUCAUUUUCUUUCUCAACUUUCAGGGGUGUAUGCGCUAUCCAGCAACGAUAUCAGGGUGGGCUCCAACAUCGAGGUGGACGGCGCUCCCUGGAAGGUUCUUGAAUUCCUCCACGUCAAGCCUGGAAAAGGUGCUGCUUUUGUAAGAACAAAAAUGCGCAAUUAUAUCACCGGCAACACAGUUGACAAAACAUUUCGAGCUGGAAGUACGAUCCCAGAAGCAUCCAUUUCAAAGGAAACUAAGCAAUUUACCUACAAGGAUGGAUCGCAGUUUGUGUUCAUGGAUCUGACUAGCUUUGAAGAAACUCGGUUAAAUGAGUCAGAUGUUGGUGACAGGCAGAAAUGGUUGAAAGAGGGGAUGGACUGCAAUUUGCUAUACUGGAAUGGACGGAUCAUCGACUUUGAUCUCCCCAUCACAGUUAGGCUGACUGUAACUGAUACUGACCCAGGGCAAGGUGACAGUGCACAAGGAGGAACAAAGCCUGCAACCGUGGAAACAGGAGCUGUUGUCACGGUGCCCUCGUUUGUGAACGUAGGCGAUGAUAUCCUGAUUGAUUCAAGAACAGGGCAAUACAUGAACAGGGCAUAGAGGAGAUGAGCGACUACCCCAACAGAGCAGUAGUUUUUGUCCACUCAUUUUUUGGCCAAUUCAUUCACCACUUGAGAUUUACAGGCUUCACUGUAUGCAACAUUGUUCACAGGCAUGUGAACCUUUGACUCUGACACCAAGAAGAAAAUUGUGCCAAUUCUUGUGCAUGCGUCUAAAAUUUCUGUACUACAUAUAUGUACAUCCGUUUAUCAGAGCAGAUGACUAAUGAGCCAAAUACAUUCUAAGAUUCAUCUCAU